GCUCAUGGUGGCGCCGCGGAGCCGCGAGCAGCGGCCGCGCCGGGGCCGCCCGCUGAGCCGGAUCGCGGCGGGCGGCUCUCCCCUCUCCGCACCGAGCCGCCGAGCUCGCCCUCUCCCCUCCCCGCGCCUCGCAGCGCCCCCGCCGGGGCCGGACUCUCAGCGCCCCCGGGAAGGCGGCGGCGGCGGCGAAGGGCAGCGGCGGGACCAUGGGGGCGAAGCAGAGCAGCCCGACCGCCGCCAACGGCCGCACCCGGGCGUACUCGGGCGGGGACCUGCCCUCCUCCUCCUCCUCCAGCAGCGGCGGCGGCGCUAACGGCACCGGCGGGCGGGCGGCGGGCGGCGGCGGCGGCGGGCGGUCCGCGCACCUGGCGGCGCCGGCGGCUCCUCACGCCGCUCCCGGCGGCUCGGCAGCGGCAGCGGCGGCCUCGGGGGGAGCCGCGGGGUCGGCGCCCCGCAGCAGGUCCCUGGGAGGCGCCGCCACCGCCGCGGGGGCCCGCGCCGCGCAGUCCGCCUUCAGCAUCCCCCACAGCAGCGGCCCCUACGGCUCGCAGGACUCGGUCAGCAGCACCCCGGAGGAGGGCGGCCGGGAGCGGGCCCCCGGGGGUGGUGGCGGUGGUGGUGGCGGAGGAGGCUCCGGUGGUGGCUCCGGGGGGCCCCGGCUCGUCAUCGGCUCGCUGCCCGCGCACCUCUCGCCGCACCUGUUCGGAGGAUUCAAGUGCCCUGUAUGUUCAAAAUUUGUAUCUUCUGAUGAAAUGGAUUUACACCUUGUGAUGUGUUUGACAAAACCAAGGAUAACCUACAAUGAGGAUGUGCUGAGUAAAGAUACUGGGGAGUGUGCAAUAUGCCUGGAAGAGCUGCAGCAAGGAGAUACUAUAGCACGGCUGCCUUGCCUCUGCAUAUAUCAUAAAGGCUGCAUAGAUGAAUGGUUUGAAGUAAAUAGAUCUUGCCCUGAGCAUCCAUCAGAUUAAGAGAAGAUUCAUGUUUUUAGCUGCUUCCACUGAUCAGAAAACAUAGGAGAUCUGCGGUUCCCUUGCUGAACACAGCGUGCCUGGCUUGAGACUUAACUGUUCUUUGUGGCUGAAAAAGGCAAAGAUGGACAGUGACAUGAAAAAAGCAUUGCAGACACCAGUAGUGCUCAGUAUACCAAACACUCAUGCAAAGGACACACAGGGAUUUUGAAAAUGCUGCACAUUCUGUAACAAUCUACUCCCCACAGACAUUAUUGACACUCUUUUGUAUUGAAGGCCAAAGUUCCUAAUCUCAGCCUAACUUCUGGUUCUGUGAAGAAGCGGGUUAUUGGACACGUUUCCUGCUGCCUCAAGUGGAAGCCGAGAGACGUUCGAUACGUGCUAUCUGAGACCCUUGCAGGAGGGUGGCCCCAUUUUUAAAUGGGGACGUUUUCACCUUCUCGUUGGCUGAAGAAGAGUAAAUGGCAAAUUAGAUGUAAUCUAACAGUGUGACCUUAUUUACUGAAUUCACACCCUGUUUUAUGUUCUUCACUUUUACAAGAACAGAAAACAAACUUCUCUGCAUAGGAAUACUAUAUUUCAAAAUUUUGUAACUAAACCUUUGUCACAAUGCAGUCCAAAGAGUAAAACUGGGACAGGUAACUAAUUUAUAUUGAUCAAGCUAUAGGGAUUGUUGAAAUCUGCACAUUGUAUUGCUAUUUAAGAAACUAAAACUUCUCUUUUACUGCUUGUGAGUAAAAACAAAACAAAAAAAAAAUGCAGCAAAGCAAAAUCUUACAGCUAUGCAACUUUUUUUUUAAAUAGGAAAAAAGAAGAAUUACCAAUUUUAAGUGCUGCCAGUUAAGGUAAUUUGUUUAACGGGUAUUUUUUUAAAAAUGUUUCAGGUAAUUAUUUUAUUGUACUACUCUCAUCUCCAGGCUGCCUCCUGAGGUGGAAAUGAAUAACUACAAAUGUGGGCACAGCAAGAGUGUUUUUUUUUUUUUUUUAAUAGGCAUGGGUGAGAUAACAUCAAGGUGGGAAUUGUGUUUAAUUUUUAAAACACGUAUGUGCAAGUUUUUCUUUGUUUCCUUGUUUGAAUGUUUUAUCUGAUGGCAGGAUUUGUAGUACUUUGCAUCUAAAUCAUUGGUCUCUUCAUGUGGAGGCUAGCAUUUGACAGUGUGGUUUUUCGUUCUUUUUUUAGAGGCACCUGCAUUUGUUUAAUUUAUUAUUAUUUUACUGUAUUAUAUUAGUAUAACCAGGGCUCCAUGAAACACCGGUUGUCUCUGGGGGGUACACCAAGUAAAACUGUGGUUAAGUAUUAGUUCCCAUAAGGUAUUACAGUUCAAAAAAAGAAAAAAAAAUAAGACAAAAAACUGGAACAGAUAUCAGGGCUUAGAAGAGUACUUUUUAUAUCAAGAAUUAAUCCUAGUAGUAUCUGAAUUUCACAGUACAGGGAAGAGUUUAUGAAUAUUUAUUCCUGACAGCAGUUUUAGUGGGUUUCAGUAGCGAAAAUAAAUUGCACACUUCAAACGUCUUUCUUGUACAUACAUAAUUCUGCUGUUCUUCUUUUGUUUAAAUACAUAUUUCUCUCUGUUGCUAUUGUGAUUCAUAUCAAAAAGGGCAAAGAGCAGGAGCAACUGCUGCUAUCCAGGAGAACAAGUGCAGUGCAUGUUACUAGACUCUCGUGUCUUGCUUGCAGAGCAGUUCUUUCCUGGAUAACAAUUUUCCCCAAAUGUUGCACUGUAAAAUGCCAUUGUUAUGCUGCAAAUCUAAAGGAGUCCAAACUAGAUAAUUUUCGUAAUUGAUGGUGCAGUUUCUACAUUUUUGGGCUUGCAUCACUGGUUUCAGCUGAACCUGUAGCUGUGGGGCCCUGCUGUAUUCUCUUUUUCAGUGGGAGCAGAACCAUUUUGUCACACUUUCAAUUCUGUAGUCACAUCAUGUGUACAGUAGUUCCCUGUACAGAUUCCUUUUUAGCCGAGAACCAUUUGUGUUGCCUUGUAUUGUCAUAGGGGCUGGGGGGUAGGAGGGAUUACAGCACCUGUAGUACUCAAGCAGUGGUGUUGCCUGCAGGCCCGCUUUUCCAAUGUUUUAAAUUCCCGCUGUCUUCUGAAAGGAAAGCUUUCGCAUUCAUGUUGAUUCGAUGUUUGCUGUUGGCUUCACGCCUACAGAAACUCACCUGAAAUAUGUAAAGCGGGUAGGUUAGCAUGUUGGUGUCCUGUGCUCCAAGGUCCUAGAUAGUCUUUGGCUGGGGGAUUAAGUAGAUAAAUAUUAUAAAUCUGUUUACUACUUAAGCUUGGUUUUGGUAGUUCAUAUUUCUAGUUCAUUUACUGCUGUUUUGGGCACCUGGAUUUCCUGUGUUCAGAUGCAAGUAGGUGGUGUAAAGAUCCAGCAGCUCUCACUGCUGUCCUACACGUAGGGCCGGUGUUUGAACAGCAUGCCACUAGCUGUCGCGUCGAUGCGUGGUUUUGCAGGCAGGAGUCUGCUCCUGCUUCCAUCAGAGUUGCAGUACUUUGGUUUGUUUGAGGAACUGAUACGAGGCCGGCCCUAGAUGAUGGUUUUGCAUUCUUGGUACUUAUAAAUUUCUUCUGAAAGGCUAAGGUAGGUUUUCUUCUAUCAAAACUUGUAAUAUAGACCAAGCCAGGAAUGACCCUGGAAGCAUGAGACUGAUGCUUGGGUUUGAAAAUGCCUGUGGAUAUUCGCCUUCGUAAGCUUUGUCACCAGCUACGUUGGCCAGCUGGAGACAACCAUGCUGUAGACGUAGCUGAAAUAACAGGCAACACUUUCGUUUUAGAAACGUCCUUGCAGUGGUCCUGAGUCAUUGUGCUUCAGAAGGGGGAAAUAAACACCAGACAAGUCCUGUGUCUCAGUCAAGGAAUCCCACACUUGUCCACGAGAAGCAAUAACUAAAAUUACACUGCGAUAUGCUUCUUUGCCUGUAAAUAUAUUGAGAUCGCCAAUUCUGUGCUGUUUUGGAGUAUUUUCUGUCAUCUGGCCUAUAUCUUCCCCAAGUACAUAAGGGUGUGAAAUGAUUCCCAUACUCAGGUCUGCCAUAAACAUGCUGCUUGCCAGAAGGGGAAGAGUAGACUCAACACUGUCUUGAAAUGUGAGGUUUUUCUGAGCUCGUCACAUACCUGUGUAUCUUGAGUGGCAACUUGUGUUCAGAAGUUCGUAGUGGAGGUGGCUGUGAUUUGGUUUGUACAUAACUGCCCUCCAUACAAUGCCAAGAGAGCCGUGCUACUGUCAGCGCAGGGCACUGAUUGCCCUGUCUCUUAUAAAUCGCUCUCUCUAAUAUCGUUUUCCUUUGGAAGUAGCUAGUUUUCUUUCGACAUGUUUGUUAGGUGGUGAGUUCAGUGGGAAAAGGAAAAGCUAUGAAGCACACUGCAAAUUUGUGGUAUUUUAUUUUUGGGAAGAAUAAAGCGUAAAACAGAUGGUCUUAUUUGUAAUCAAUUUAAUUUUCAUAUUCCAGGGUAAGUGUACUGCAGUAUAUUGAAAUGGAAAAUGUGUAAGUAAUGUACAAAGAUGUGGGUGGGUACUUGUGACCUUUAUUUUCUCUGCCUGCUCCCCCCCUUUAUGGUGUAAAGGGGUUUUUAUGACUUAAACAAUCUCCAGGUUUAUUUAUCUGUCCUAGUUCCUAACGCUAGGAGCACUGGCUUUUUAAUUAAGUCUUUGCUGAAAGACUGGAGAGCUGGUAAAACUGACUCCCAGCAAAAGUGAGAAAGAUCAUUUUUAUUCAGAAAUGUGGAUCUUUGUGCUGGUGCUUAUAGACGUGUAAUGCCUAAUACAUGAGAUGUGUUUAUGGCUGCUUUUGGUGCACCACCUUUUCCAUUCGAGGGCUUCAGAAACUUACUGCGUGUCUUCUGUGUUCCACCAAAACAAGGGAACAUGGCACUCAAAUGUUACUAACAUCUCUAAGGAGACAGCAACAAAGCGUAUGUUGGUUUUGAUGCAGGCCAUGACAUCUCCAAGUUUGUGAAUUUUAGCUGCUUUGUCACAUUGAAAGAGAACAUUUGUGCACAAGUUUGGUAUUGUAGUUUUGUAUCUGCUAAUUCUGUAUGUACGGUUGGGAGUUUCCUGCUGAGAGACUCCCAUACACCGGGGAAUGCAGAAAUGCCACCAUGGGAUUUUCCAGCUCACUUUGCCAGUGGAGGACUGUCUUAGUUCUUGAUGAGUGUUGUAUUUUCUAAUUCACUUUCCACCCCGCCAAGCUUAAAAGCCAUUUUAGUAUAAAUUUCUUCCCUUGUUUGUAGCUGAAGGCGUGCUACAUUUUAGGGCCAUAUCCCCAUUGGAAAUCCUUUCAAUUGGCACCAGCAAAAUUAAAGUAAGAGACUGUGGUUGAAAGAGGAGGGCUUGUUAUGAGUUUUGCUACAAACCAGCCAAACGUUUUUUUUUUUCCUUUAGCAGCAUCAUCAGCUUGUACCACUUAACCUUGUGUCACUCAAAAUAAUCUGUGAGAGAAACAGAACUGUGUUCAGUGUUUGUUUCCUAAAUAUAAAACUAAUGCGAUGUUUCUCCAAUAUAAAUUAACUUGUGUCUAAAAUCAAACUGAGGAUCUUUUAGCCUACUGGGGGGGAACAAAAAACAAAAAAACAGUCUUGACUCUCUCAAGUUGCAUUUGGUUAUCUUCUGAGUGCUGCCCUACCCAGUCUGCUUGGCUGCCCAACCCACUGUAUAGUGUUCUGGAAAGUAAUUUCUUACUUAAAUGCGUCAGAGCUGAUGAUGGGGCAAACCGUAAAACGACUUCGUUGUACAGCGUUACCAGUUGCUGAAGACUUGCUCAGAUAAAGCGUUGCGGGAAUAUCCUGCACCUGGAAAAGGUUAGACGUGGCUCUGGCUUUGAUCUAAUAGGUUGCCAGUGUACAAUAACUGGAAGGCAGCAAGCCAGCUAGCUGCCGAUCCUUCUGGCAGCUUUUAAUCUAUUUAUGUUUGUUUGAGAGACUUUUGCCCUUGAGUGUGCUUUGGCAAAGAUUUUGCAAUGAUAAGUAGGAUUUGCUCGAUACUGGCAGAGUUUCAAAUGUAAGUAACCCAAUGUUGCAAGUACAUAAUCUGUUGCUGAAUCCUGUUCCUCUUGUUUUUCCCUCAAAUCUGCCCUUUUCCUUGCUAAUUUGUUACACGUAAUAGGAAACACUUCUCCACAUAACUGGUCACGAGCUCCCAAGGUGCGAAAUGCUAACAGGAAGAGACAUCAAAGCACGAUUCUGUGAUCUUCCUGUAUGUAUUAAGAUGAAGCUGAAGUAUUCAUUGCUGCACAGUCAGAAGUUCUCUUCCAGCUGAUAUUGCCAAAGUACUCGAACUUUCAAGGAAGAAAGGAGGUGGCUCAGCUGCCGGGGGGUUGCUUUAAGGAACUGCUUAAUUUUAAAAGCUGCGGUGAUCCAGCAUUCACCUUCUUACUUGACUGAGAGUCUCAUUCUAGCUCUCCCUUACCAUUUGGCAGGCGUACCUGCUGCUAGAGAGUGCAGUCUGUGUUCCCCCUUCCCUACGCCUCUCCCCACAGAGCUAACCCUGCCCACAGAGCGCGGUGCUAGCUCCUGGGAUGCCACACGUACGUGCAGUGGUAAUGGACAAGAUGUCUUCCUUCAUUACCCUGAGCAGAAAUCGGAAUGUAAUUUGCAAUGUCUAAUGUAAACGUGUUUGUAUUUCCUUUUUUUUUUUUUUUUUUUCAGUUGAGCAGUAUGAUUGCAAGUUGACUUAAGUUGUUCUGAGGUACUCUUUUCAAUGGUCUGCCAGUACAUAAUCAUGAAUGAAAAUAUUUUUUUAUUGAUUUUUAGGUUGUAUGUUAACAUUCCAUUCAUGUAAAAUAUGUACAAAUAUAUGUAAUAAAUCUUUUGAAGCACAGUUUU